AUGACAUCGAGUAAAUAUGAUUAUGAUCAAUCAACACAAGUUCUAAAUCAAACUAUACAUCCACAUGAUCAAUCUACUGAACAUCAACACCAUAUAUCUAAAUAUAAAUGUUUUCAUAAAAAUAAAAUUUAUGAUAAAUCUCAACAAAUAUCUAAAAUUCAAUCAAAUUCAAUUGUUGAUAAUCCUCAUGUUUUAUUAUCUGAUCAAUAUAUUCGUGAUUUGACUGAUGUUUAUCGACGUGAAAAAGAUUUCUUAGAACAACAAAAUCAUUACAAACCACAUAAUGACAUAGUUAUCAAUACAAAAGAAAAUCUAGAAGAAGAAAAUAAAGAAUGUGAACCAAAAUAUUAUGUUAAAGAACAUUAUUAUACAAUACCUUGUAUUUGUGAAACUUCAUUGCCAGGAAGAAUAUUUCAAAAUUUUGUCAAUGGAAUUAAACUCAGUAUGGAAUUUCUUCUAUUUAUGGGUGAUGUUAUCCAACGUCGUCAUGAAUUUAUCGAAUACAAUUAUCCAUUUGUUCAUCGUUCAACAAAUAGUAAUGAAAUGAUUAAAUUAAAUGCAAUACGCAAACAAUUGAAUAAGAAACCUUCACCAAUGAAACAUACAACAACGAAUACAUAUUAUGAUAUUCAUUAA